ACGGUCGCAGGUCGGCGAGGCGCGAGCUUGUCCCUCCUCGACAACAAUAGAAAUUAUCAGUUUUUAAAUAAAACAAAGGCGAGAUGUUCCCUCAGCAACAACAACAGCAGCAUUUCCAGCAGCAGCUACUCCAACUGCAGCAACUCAUUCACCAGCAGCGGCAGCAGCAUCGCCACCCGCACCCACAACAGGCAGGCCCUGGCCGGGCUGUGCAGCAACAUCAGCAGCAACACCCUCAUCAUCACCACCACCCUCAACAACAGCAGCAACGUCAGCCGCCACAGCCACAGCCACAGCAACAGCAGCAGCAGCAGCAACAACAACAGCAGCAGCUAAACCUACGCCCAACGAGUCAGCCUUCACUCCUUAAUCCGAAUCCUAUGCUGCAUCGUGCUUUGAUAAUGCAGCAGAUGCAAGGUGGCCUUCAUGGAUACAGCAUGACUACACCAGGCCUUCAGCCUUUCUUCCCACCAGGAUCCAGAGCAUCAAUUCUGGGCACCCCUCCACUUGGCAUCCAGCUGCAGACACCCCGCAUCAGAUUUGGGAACCAACUCUUCCAGCAGCAUAACCGGAGAUUUAACAAAGAUUUCAAAAGAAUGCAGGAUAUGAGAAGGGACCGCUAUCCUCCGCGGGAGCCAUUCCGGCCAAAAAUGGAUGAUAAACGUGAUGCUAAUAAAACUAACGCAGAGUCUGUAGCAAAGGAAUCAACAGAUAACAAGCUUGCCGACACUCAAAAAGCAGCUGAUUAUAUAUCUCUGAAAACUGAAGACUCUUCACAAACUGACGAACCAGAAGUAAAAAGGAGAAGACUUGGGAGUGAAAAUGAUGAUCCCGUGAUACAGUCUGGUGCUGGGGACCCGACUGCACCCAAGAGCCAACUGAGAGGAGAAGACGUGGGAAAAGAAACCAGCGAAUGUGAAGAGAGUGGAGAUCAGAAUUUGGAGCACAUUGCAGCUAACACAGAGAUGCUGAGCACCGUGAGUACACUGAAAGUGACAAUCCAACAGAGCAAUGAGAGUCGGGCAAUCAGUACGUCGGCACCAGACUCUGGGGCCAAGGGCAGUGAGGAUUCUACUGAGGAGAUGGAUUCUAUGCCUACCAAGUUCAUCUGUUACAUCUGCAAUGCUAAUUGCUGCAAUCAAAAGAACUUUCAAAAACAUAUGAAUGGGACUCGUCAUCACCAGCGACUUCUGGAGAUUCAACAAAUGAGUAAUGCUUGUCUGGCCACAAUGAUUCCUAAAUCAGAUGCAAUGGGAAGAGGCAGGGAGAGUGACAAGAAACGGCCCAGAUGGUGCAGCACCUGUCAGGCCCACUUCAGAGGAAAUAUCAUUGAGCAUCGCAGGACACAGAGACACAAGCUUGCUAAGUACUCGCUGCGGCCUUUCUGCACUGUCUGCAGCCGACACUUCAAAACCCCCCGCAAGUUUGUGGAGCACAUGAAGUCGCCAGAGCACAAGCAGAAAGUGGAAGAGGUUAAGCUGCAGCGUAGCUCCCAGGACAAAGACCAGGCUGGACAAGAUGAUCCAGAGGAUCUGAUCACUGUUGAUGCAGUUGGUUGCUUUGAUGAAGAUGAUGAAGAAGGGAUGACUGAGGAGGAUGAUGACAGCGUUUCUGAUUGUUUAAGUGAUAGGGAUUCUCAGCAGGCUUUGCUGUCAGAGUUUGAGAAGGAGCCAUAUGAUGCAGAAGCUGUGUAUGGCCAGGAAUUUGUGGUUCCUGUGACCGGUUUCCUCUGCAAGCUGUGUCACAAAUUCUACCAUUCUGAGUCCACUGCCAGAUUUACCCACUGCAAGUCACUGAUGCAUUUUCAGAACCUUCAGCGUUACAAAGCACAGAGAGCCCAAGAUUAUUUAUCUGCCUCUGCUCAGGAACCAGCUGCUUCCGCAGGGAGCAGCCUUGGUUCAACAGAUGAUCAGAAGCAGGUGGAAACUGAUGAAAAAUCUACUGAAGCCACUGCUAGCAAGCCCAAAAUGGAGGAGGAGAAUUCCAUAUCUGAGGCCCAGGCUCCUGCACUGUUGGGUGAUGGUACCGUUCCCCAUGUGGACGAAGAUGGUGCUUCCCAUUCGCAAAGUGUUCAGCUCGAGAACCCAAGUGGUGGAACUGGAGUGAUCUCUGGCAGUGCACCCACCACGGAAUUUGAUUGCAAACUAAUUGUCAUCCCUCUCUCAAAUGAUGAGGCACCGAGCAGCCUCAAGGAAGCGGCGGAGCAGACGGCCGGUCCUGAUAAGUGUGAGGCGAGUUCUAUUGCUGGCAGUGAGGUAGUAGAUGACCAAGAUGGGAAUGAAGAGUGCGACCUGAGCUUGACCAAGGCUGAGGAGCCCAGUGAAGCAGAGGAUGGUGAGGAGGAGCCUCUGGCUGAUGGCUGCCUGGCAGAGAAGGAAUGCGAGGAGGUGAAUGUCAAAGGGGAAGAUAACGAGGCUGAGGCGGAGGCUGAGGCUGAGGCGGAGGCUGAGGCUGAGGCGGAGGCUGAGGCUGAGGCGGAGGCUGAGGCUGAGGCUGAGGCGGAGGCGGAGGCUGAGGCGGAGGCGGAGGCGGAGGCGGAGGCUGAGGUGGAGGCUGAGGCUGAGGCGGAGGCGGAGGCAGAGGCAGAGGCGGAGGCAGAGGCGGAGGCGGAGGCAGAGGCAGAGGCUGAGGCGGAGGCAGAGGCUGAGGCGGAGGCAGAGGCAGAGGCAGAGGCGGAAGCUGAGGCGGAAGCGGAGGCUGAGCUUGAGGAUGAUUAUAGCCACCUGGAACGCAACACCCCAAAAACAAGAUCCGGGAGGGCAGCCAGAGGCCGUCGUUUCUCCUCAAGACGGAAGAAGUAA